GGCGAGGCUUUCAGGUUCGUUACGCGAUGGCCGCUCUCUCAACAAUAUCGGGAUUUUAAAGCAAAAACAAUGGCUUCGCCGCUUGUAGAAGAUUGUUGUUGUCUGGACUAGCUACCGGAAUGAAAGCGGCAUCGUUUUAGCUCGUCAGUUCUGCUUUAGCGCCGAGUCGGAGAUGUCCUCUUUCUGUUAGGGUCUCAGUGUUUUUCUUGUUCGUCUCCCGGGCCUGGAUGAAGCUGCCUACACUGUAGCGGCGGGUUGCUACUUUCGGAUGAGCGGGCAGUAGGUCUUGAAGAGUUGUAGGAUGGAUCCAGACGGUGGGGCAGAUUCACAAAAAGCUGUCAGUUUGCAGUGGAAGAGCUACAAACUCGUCCAGGAUCCAGCCAUUCGGCGCGUUGCACAGAAAAUCUACAGAUAUGAUGGAGUGCAUUUCAGUGUGCCAGACUCUGGAUUUCCUCCAGUGGGUGAACUUCGGGACCCUAGACCCCGAAGACUAUGGUCCAGGUAUACAGAAUUGUCCCUGCCAGUGCCAAAGUUUAAGCUUGAUGAGUUCUAUGUGGGUCCCAUACCCCUCAAGGAGGUGUCCUUUGCUAGACUCAAUGACAACAUCAAGGAGCCCUUCUUGGCAGAAAUGUGUGCAAAGUUUGGUGAGGUGGAGGAGAUGGAGAUCCUGUUUCACCCCAAGACCAGGAAGCACUUGGGCCUGGCCAGGGUGUUGUUUACCAGCACCAGAGGAGCCAAGGACACAGUCAAGCAUCUGCACAACACUUCUGUAAUGGGUAACAUCAUUCAUGCUCAACUGGAUAUAAAAGGCCAGCAGAGGCAGAAGUAUUAUGACCUGAUGGUAAACGGGUCCUACACUCCUCAGACUGUGCCCCUGGGAGGCAAGGCUUUGACAGACAGGCUCCAGCCUCAGGCCCCAGCACAGCCACAACCACAGCCUGACACGUCAUCAGAAAUCAGACGAAGGCUCUCCACUGAUCUUGCGGUUUUGGCAGCAGGGGUCCAGGCCCUCACAUCAGGAAGUGCCACUCCUUGCUCUGGGGAUACUGGUUACAGUGAUCAGCGCCUGGACACGCCCCCCUCUUCCAUGUCAGGCCCCUUCACACCAGGCUCCACUGCUUCAUCUCAGGGUGGUGGAGGAGGAACACCGUUCAGCUCCAGAUCAGGGACUCCUUUCUCACAAGACUCGGGCUACACUGCCAGCAGACAUACUGGCUACAACACUGGCACUUUGGGCAGCGGCUACCCUCCCCAGGACAUGCUACCAUCCUCCUCCUCGUCUUCAGCAGUCUCAUCUACUGUCGGAGGAUACAAAGUGUCUCACUACUCGGAAGAUGCACAGGAACCUUCAGUGUAUCACCGAGGUCGCCCUAUGUACCCCCCAACCACAUCAUACCGUCCUAACGAGCCGCCGUGCUAUCCCCCAUACCCCAAUGUCGGAGGUCCUGGGCCACACAUGGCACAUCACUCCUCAAUGCCUCCCCCACCUCUUGCUGCCCAAUUUGAUCAGCCCCCAAUGUCAGAUCGGGACCGUGACAGAGACUCAGGGGGGCGCUACGGGCCAGCAGGGAUUGGCUCCAGAAGGUCAUCUUACCAAGACACAAACUCUUCCACAAAGUACCAUUCCCAUCACUCCCAUCACCACUCAGAGCGCAGGGAUGAGCGGGGAUACCGACGAGACAGCUUGGGCUCCCGAUCAGGUGACCACAGCCACCAGAAACACCGCAACCACCACCAUUCUCACAACCACCACGGCAGCGGCAGCCGCAGAAGGAGCAGCCAUGACCGGGACAGAGAUCGAGACAGAGAUAGAGACAGGGACAGAGACAGUGACUACUCCAACAACUCUGACCCCAGAUACAAUUCUAACUCCUACCGUUCUUCUUCUAACAGCAUGUCUCCUCCCCCCUCAUCUUACUCCGCAUACUCCUCCAAAGAGCCUGCACCAGCCCCUCCCCAGGGAUUGGACGCUUCUACCCGUCUUGCGGGUACAAGCCUCGCAGAGAGGGGCUCUAUGCCUUCGGUUGGUGCUGACAAAGACUACCACGCUGGUCACCACAGUGCUCUGCCUCCACCACCUCCUCCACCACCACCACCACCCCUCCCGCCAGCGUCGGUCAUCGCAGCAGCUGUAGCUGAGACACUUGGAACGCUAGACUUCAACCAGGAUAGUCCGGCCCGUGAAGAUCAGUGGACGAAGCCAAAACGCCGUCCCAGCACCCCACCGGCACCACCGAAGACGCCCCCGCCUUCCUCCCCGCCCCACCCCCCCAUUGCUUCCUCCUCUACCUCCCCUUCCUCUACCUCCCUCCCCCACCAUCUUCCCUCAUCCUCCAGCUCCCCACCGCCCCCUCAACGUGACUCCUCCUCUCCAGAGCCAGAUUCCACCAACGAGAGUUUACCGUUUGUCUACCACAGCAGCAGCCUCGACUCUCGUAUUGAGAUGCUCCUAAAAGAACAAAAGGCUAAGUUUUCUUUCCUUGCCUCUGAUGAGGAAGAUGAGGAAGAUAGGAAAGAGGAGAAGCAGAGGGGCGUACGUGGGGAUGGUGGAGAGCGAAGAGGCGAUGAGCACACAAGUUGUAAUCAGGUGGGGGACAAUGGGGAGAAGGACCACAGGAGGAGAGGGGAAAGAGACAGAGGAAGGAAACGGGGAAAGGGGGCAGAAGGUAGGAAGAGUCCCACUUUACUUACAACAAUACCAUCCUCUUCCACCUACUCGUCGCACAUCUUGCCCUCAGAGGAAGCCCAGCCCCAGGUUGGCCUCUCUGGGACUGGAGCUUUGCAGGAGGAAUCUUUACAGGCUGGAUCUGCUGAUGCACGGAGCAGGACAGGAGCACACACACCACCUUACAAUGGACAGAGUCAGUCUUCCCCUCAUUCCUCAGGGGAAGACAUGGAGAUCUCGGACGAGGAGGAGGAGGUGACUACCAUAACAACAGUGACUUCCCACCAACCCUCAGUCACCUCAGGUUCCUCACCCUCCUCCUCCCAGGCUACCAUGCCUUCACAAACAACAGACCCCUCGUCUUCGCCCCCACCCAUCUCUGACUCUGCACAGCACUUUGGCACCUCCAUGCACCCUCCCAUACCUUCCUACCCUCAUUUGCCUCCUCCACCUCCCCCUGGUUACUCCCUCCAGCCCCCACCUCCACCUGGGAUCCCUCCUCUGCCUCACAUGGAGCUGCACCCUGAGUAUCCUCCUCCCAUGCCCCACCACAUGUAUGACUAUGCCUCGUCCAUGGAGCUGAUGAACCAGUACAGUGGUGGAGCUCCUAUGUCUUUCCAAAUGCAGACCCACAUGCUAAGUCGCCUACACCAGCUGCGCAUGUCGUCAUCCAACGGCACCCCAGGCCCUGGUGAGGCAGCCACUGCAGACUACACCUCAUACCAUCUCCACUCUAUGCCGCCCCCCCACACACACCACCCGUACAUGGACCAAGAGGGUAGUGUGGCAGGAGCUCAUUAUGAGCAGGACCACCGUUACAUGCCCCCGCACAUGCCCUACCCCUACCCUGACCCCCACAACACUCCGAUACCUCCCCCUCCACACCAUGGCAUCCCACCUCCCCAUACUGGUUGGCCGCCACACGUCUUACCGCCACACUACCCCUCUUACAUGCCUCCACCUGGCUAUGGCACCAUGCUGCCUGGGGAGGGAGACGAGUACAGGGCUCCAGGGGAGGACAUGCCUAUGUUGCCUGAAAAUCCGCAUGAAGCCACAGUGCAGAUGGUCCUCGGCACUCUGAUCCAGGAAAUGAAAAACAUCAUGCAGAGGGACCUGAACCGCAAAAUGGUAGAAAACGUUGCCUUUGCGACUUUUGACGAGUGGUGGGAGAGGAAAGAGACCAAGGCCAAGCCUUUCCAGACAAUGGUCCGAGGGGUGUCUGCCUUACGGGAUGAUGAGAAAAAAGAGGAAAAGGUCAACCGUCCUCGGGAGCCUCUUACGUCUCUUGUGGAUUGGGCAAAGAGCGGUGGCAUGGAGGGCUUGUCUAUCCGAGGAGCAGUACGACUCCCUUCUUUCAAGGUGAAGAGGAAAGAACCUCAGGAGCUUCAAGAGGGAGACAUGAAAAGGCCGCGACCCUCGACCCCACCAGACGAGGAUGACGAAGCUGCUAGAGGUAGAAUGCCAGAGGCAAGCAGACAUGGCGCUGAAAGGGACAACAAGAGGAGGAAAAAGAAGCCAAGAAAUCGCAAACCUUGGGAGCUCGGCAGUGAGGGAGAGGAAACGUCGGAUGGCUCCUCGACUGAAAAGGAGGAUGAAGAGGAAAGUGAUAAGGAGUCUGAUGAUGAUGCCCUUAGUGCUGAUAGUGAUGAUGAGAGCCUCUCCUCGUCCUCUGAGGGCUCUUCCUCUUCAGCAUCCUCAUCUUCAUCAUCCUCUGAAGAUGAGGAAGGAGAACGUGCUGAGAGUGAAGGUCCAGACUCCAUGGAUGAGUCCACCAUGGACAGCACAAACGAGAAAGAUGGCAGGGAAAAUAACGCAGCUGCUUUUCCAAAGGCGGCGGUCAAAACAGGUGAAGGCAAGGACAACAACGGAGAUACAACAACAGCGCCUACCAAGCGUCCUCCAUCGCCCCCCUACCCUCAUCCUUCGUCCCCUAUUGUUCUUGUUCCCCCUCUCAAGAAACGCAGAAAGACUGUCUCGUUCUCCACAGGCGAGAACGACAGCAAAACGCAGCUGCCAACUGCACCGCUAUCUCCAUCUCCCUCACAACUGGCAGUUGAAUCUCCCCUUUUCUCACCUGGGAGGCACCCAGACUCUCCCGCCACUGCUUCCCCAUCCCCCUCGGCUCGUCCCACUAAGGGCAUCCAACUCCUCCCCUUUGCCUCCAAACCAGGUGAAGGCAAUGCCCUCAUUGUGCCCCCAUCUGGACGAAUCCAUGAUUUUGAUGAGUCCAAAAGGGGUGGACCACCUAUUUCUCCUCAGACCCCUCCUAUCCCUGUCAAAUCUCCUGGAAAACGGGGUGCAGGCAAAGACUCUCCCAAAUCUCCCGUCCCUCCUGUUAUGGUGUGCCGCACUGUGCAGAACCUGCCAUUGGACCACGCCUCUAUGUGCAGGAUGGCCUUCGAGGAGGCCCCACCUCCACCUCCCGUCAACAAACGGUCCAGAGGCAGGCCUCGGACGACCAGCUUGUCUGCUUCUUCCUGUCACUCCCUCAGGGAGGAAGACGAGGAUGAGGAAGAAAGUGAGCAGAGGUUGAGACUCAGAGAGCAGCUUGGGGCAUCAAGCCUCUUGCAGCUGGCCUCAGCUUCAACCACUGACUUGUCUGUAUUGGCUGACGUAGCCCUGAAAAUGGACCCUGACGCUGGGGACUCAGAGGAGACGGAGACAUCGGAUGAGGCAGAAGAGCAGAAGAUGGAAGAGGAUCUCUUCUCCUCAGAGUCACUGGCCCUGGUUAUGAGCAAAGAGGGUUUAACUGUCCUUACAGAGCACAACUACUGCAAACCCCCUGUUCUCACAGUACCAUCCGGUACCAAAAGGACUUCCUCCAAACAAGACUCCUCUGUUUUGCUCCCAGCUGACCUCAACACUAUUUCUGGGGUGCUUGAAGCGCCAGAGGAGGUCAUUGGAGAGGCACAACCAUCCAGAGGAGAUACAGGAGAAUACUUAUCUUCUAUGGGAGUACUUUGUGAGUCUGAGGAUGCGGGCCAGGCUGCAGCUCUACCUCCAUCGUCAAAGAAGAAGACCACGGUUGGCAAAGGUUUCGAACUUGAAAACGACAAGAGUAAAAAGAGGAGAAGAAAAGACAAAGAAAACCUUGAGGUUCAGCACACGCAAAAACAGAAGGAGCAGCCGGGCAAGAAACAGAGGAAGCGGAAACUAGAGGACUCCGAGGAAGAUGUGGACGUGGAGGAGCUUGAGUCUGGGGAACUGUCCAGCUCAGACACGGAGGACGACAUUAUUGAAGACGUUAGGAAGAGUGAGCGCCUCUUUCUGCAGGAGGCAGGGAUAACAUCGUCACAGCGCUGGCCAAAACCUGUCCCAGCACCCGAGCUACCAGCCAUGAAGUUUGACAACCGCAGUGAGUUUGAGCAGAUGACCAUCCUGUAUGACAUCUGGAACUCCGGUCUGGAUGGCGAAGACUUAAGUUUGCUGAGGAAGACUUACGAGAAGCUACUACAGGACAACCACAGCUCUGACUGGCUCAAUGAUACUCACUGGGUCAAUCACACUAUAACCAAUUUGCCGAACCCUCGACGUAAGAAGAAGAACCCAGGUGGACAGCUCCGUCAGCAUGUGACAGGUUCUGCCAGGAGUGAGGGCUACUACGCCAUCAGCCGCAAAGAGAAGGACGUCUAUCUGGACCUAGACCUGCCCGAGCAGGUCAUGCGGGAGGUGGAGAAUGUCGACAGCUCGGGAGCAAACAGGGUGCUAUCAGAGAGACGCUCAGAGCAGCGGCGCCUCCUCACCGCCAUCGGCACCACGGCUGUCAUGGACUCUGACCUGCUCAAACUCAACCAGCUUAAGUACCGUAAGAAGAGGCUUCGUUUUGGGCGCAGCAGGAUCCACGAGUGGGGCCUGUUCGCCAUGGAGCCCAUUGCCGCUGAUGAGAUGGUCAUUGAGUACGUGGGUCAAAACAUCAGACAGAUGGUGGCUGACAAUCGAGAGAAGCGGUACGCACAGCAGGGCAUCGGGAGCAGCUACUUGUUCAGAGUGGACCACGACACGAUCAUUGAUGCCACCAAGUGUGGCAACUUGGCAAGAUUCAUCAACCACUGCUGCACUCCAAACUGCUACGCCAAGGUUAUCACCAUAGAGUCCCAGAAGAAGAUUGUGAUCUACUCGAAGCAGGCCAUCGCCGUCAAUGAGGAGAUCACCUACGACUACAAAUUCCCACUGGAGGAGAACAAGAUACCUUGCCUGUGUGGAACAGAGAACUGCCGCGGGACACUGAACUAGUGGAUGCGCUUCUCUUCCUCACGUGGCAACGGACAGCCAGAACCGGACGCCCGCCCGGUUCACCCUCCUCAGAGUGUACCUCGAAAUAAAGCCACCCUCCUAUUCCCCUCCCCCGUCCUCGCAUUACUUUGGAAACAGAGACACACACAUUUGCACUUUUCAUUCACUUGGCAGUUUCACAAGCCAGUGUGUGAGAGGUUUGUGUCACAUGGCAUGUGACUACUACGAGGGGGGCCUCUGCGUCAUUAGCUCUUCUGUGGCGGUAUUUUUGGACUCCAUUGGUUGUGCAGCCAGAGCAUAAAAGGUUUUUCUAUUUCCAUGCCAAUAUCCGAUUGAAGGAAGACAAUAAAAAGUGAAAAGAACACCAGUAUUGUACGUCUACGCCAGCUCACAUAAUCUACAGCCUGGAUCACUCUUCUAGUGUCAAGUCCCUCCCUGCACCCACCCACCCAUCCACACAGAUCCGCACACAGACGCACAGGAAUAUCUGACAAAUUCAGGGUUUUUAAAAGCGCUUGUUAGUGGCGCACUUUUAAAAUAACAAACUUCAAUCAAUUUGGUCUUCAGUUAUGCAAGAUUUCCAAGUGUGAAGAUUGUUUUGGAGCUUUCUUUUCUUUUCUUUCUUUCAUAGUAUUAUAUAAUAAUAUUACUGUUGCUGUUAUUAAUGGUAUUGUUAUUUAGUUGCAUUAGCUGUAAGUAUCUUACAGUGAAAUGAGCUUCAGUGUGCCCCACCCACUGUCCUUGGCUUGUGAUUCACCAGCCCCAUCGAACUGUCUUUUCUCUUCUCCACUGUGCGUUAUCCUCCUGAUUCUGCCACAUUCUUCUGUCUGGAUGAGAAUAAAAUACUUUCUUUAUAGUUUUUAACCCACCGUGAAAAUAUGUCAGUUAGGAUAUAGCAAAAUUGUGUUUUAUUUUUACAUGGCUGCUGAUUUUUUUGUCUGCAGGAUCAGCACAACAGGGAUUUAGCCUGUGUUUCUUUUUUUCACAAAGUUAAAGCUAUGUUAAGUGUGUGUUUAGGAUCUGAGGAUCUGGUCUGUUUAACUGUUUAGGUCCAUGGAAGCAAAUGUUGACAGUUGGCACGCUGCAAGUUUUUCUUUUUUCAAGCAAUGAUUACCACCAAACUCACGCAGGUCCUGGUCAAAGUGUGUGUUCAAUGUUUAACUUUGUCAAUCUGUGUGCUACUCAUGUUUUUAAAAGGCACAUUUAUUCGAUUUGAGUCAGUUCUCUUUGUUAUUUACCCCCCCCCCUGUUUUGUGGGCCUUACCAGAAUACAUUAGUAUGUAUUUUAUUUGAGUGUGGAGUCAUUCGCCCCAUAGAAAACAUCCCUCCAUGAAAAGCCGCUUAAUGCAAACAAAUGUCCUGCUUACCAUCUGUUUGCAGUGUAGAUGGGUGGAAGGUAUACAUAGAUACAGUGGGUUUGCGAUAUGUGCAGGAAGCAGGUUGUAUAUGGCCCUUGUGUUGUGUCUCUGUUUUUCACAUGGCUAUGGCCGUCCAAAGUUUAACUUUCAUUUUGAACUUUUAACGACCCUUUUAAUUUUGUUCCCUCCCAAACAGGAAAAUGUGUAAGAUAUUUCUUGUUGAAAUGAAAGCCUUUCAGUACAAACAAACCCUCUUUACUACAGGAUAAAAAGAUGAAAAAAAAAAAAUCAAAGAAGUACAUGUAAAUAUUGUAGAGGUGUUUGUUUCUCGUAGAAACACACUGAUUUCAAGCUGUAAAUAUGUCGUUCCUUUUCCUCUCCAUGAGGAGAAAACAUGUACAUACCUUCCAUUCAUUUAUUUUUUAUUGUUUUUCCUUUUUAAUUUGAUUAUUUUAAUAUUAUUUGCAAUAUUUCUCUUGUAUUAAUGCGUUGGACCCUUUAUUAAUGGUGCAUUAAAAUAUUUUUUAAAUAAA